GAAAAAUCAAUUUCUUAAAUAAAAAAUCCAACUUCCUGUUAAUGUUCCUGACAUAAAGGCUGGUCCUUAUGCGUUUUCAGUACUUUGCGGAUAACAAAAAAUAAAACAAAAGAAAAGCUUAGUUUUAAUAAUCUACGAAAAUUUUAAACUGAAAUGUUAAAUUGAAAAGUAAACAAACACCUGUCAAUCGCUUGAAUGUCGUUGUGAGAGCCUUUUGCAAAAUUAUCAAAACGCUAAAUUUGACAGAUAACGGUCUUUUUUUUCAUUGUCAUCCAGUUCCUCUCGUUUAGUGAUAAUUUUCUUCUGUGUGUUUUAUUUGAUUCGCAAAAUUUUGUUUCUAUUUGUUUCUCCCAUCCCAUAUUUUUGUGAUAAAGAAAAAUAAAAAUUGUGAAUUUAUAAUUCAAGUUUUGUAAAACAAAAAUUAAACAACAAAUUUUGUGUGUUAAUUUUUCUUCCGUUCCCCCCAAUAAAAUGUAAUAUGUUAAUUAGUGGCGUAAAAUGUCCCUACGACGAAGAGUUAUCUUUAUACACGUGUAAAAAAGUGUUGAAUAGUGCCGUUAGAGUUCUUCAUCCUGCUGGAGUUAAAAGUGGAAUUCAUCAUCCUGAAAUGGCUGAAGAAAUUUCAGAAAAUCCUGCAGGUGCAACAGCAGCACAAAGGGCUAAUCCCCCUGCUUGCAUCACCCAAAAACAAACGGACAAAAACAAUUACAACAAUGACAAAAUAAACGUCCAACAACAACAACAACAUUCGACAAAUAGUAAUAGUACAAUUCUUCUAGACGAUAUGGAUAUUAAAAAUGGCUUGAAUUCCGAACCACCUCCUUCUCAACAACAACAACAACAGCAACAUCAUCAAACGACGAAGGAUAUUUUUGGAUCGGGUGCUUCAAUGAUGAUGAUGGGGACUGGUGGUGGAAAUGGUAAUGGUAAUAGUAAUGGAAAGACUACUUCUUCUUCCGUAACCACAACAACUACAACUUCAGUGACGACGACGAUUUAUGAUUGUACAAGACCAGAGUCUUGCAUUAGUUUGAAGACUAUCUUGAGUUCGUUUAAUGCUCCUCUGUCGGAAGAACAGGCGUGGGCGUUGAUCUAUCAGUCGGUGAAGUUGUACAAGGAUGUGUUCCAGAGGCAGGACACUCAAUUUUCCGACACAGACGUGCCAGAUAAUCUGGAAGAUGUCAGUGUUCACAAUGAUGGAACGGUGCAUAUCAGCUUGCGCCAGCAAAAUGGCGAACAUAACGACUCCACAACCAUAGCAUCCCAUAAAAAGAUUGUUUGCAAACUUGGAAUGAUCGUUUAUACCGCGCUAGACUAUAACCUGCAGGCAGAAGAUGAAUGUCCUAUGUCACAAGAACUGGAACAACUUAUAUCGCAUAUGACCGCUGAUGAUGCCGACGAUGACUGCAUUGACGAAGGCAUUGACGAGGGCUACAAGCGAUGGGAUGAUGAAUCUGAGUGCAUUAUCGAUGAGAAAUGCAACAACGAAACCAAAGACUUGGACUAUGUUCUAGAGGCCUGCAGAGAUCAUGUCAAGCCAACUGUACCUGAAGAUCACUACAAAGCUGUUUGUCGUGCGCUUGUAACUGAAGCAUUAGAAUUACGAAUAUUUUUACAAAAAGUCUUCAAUGAUGAUACUGAGUCGUUGCGGAUAAAAGCUGAUUCUCAAACAUCAAAGCAGGAGCUUGCUAAACUGGGUUUCAGUGAUUGGGCAAGGUUUUGGGUGCAAGUUGUGGACCAACUAAGACGAGGCGUGAGGCUGAAGAAGAAUGAAUUUUCAAGGACACCAGUGGAAUUCCAACUGACGCCCUAUGAAAUACUCAUGGAAGACAUUCGAUCUAGAAAGUACAAUCUGCGUAAAGUCAUGGUUAAUGGUGAUGUCCCAAGGCGUGUGAAAAAAGAUGCUCAUGCUGUGAUAUUGGAAUUUAUUAGGUCACGGCCGCCAUUAAAGAAGGCCUCUGAGCGUAAGCUACCACCGCCAAUCAAAAGAACUCCAUCCCCAAGGGAACAACUAAUGGACUCCAUCCGAAAAGGGCGAGAAUUAAAGCAUAUACAACCUCCAGCACCUUUAAGGCUAAAAGAUCGAUUACUUCCACCACCGCCGCCGUCAUCACAAACCGUGGAGACGCUCAAGAAAGAGGAGCGGUCCGAAGCGCACAGCUCCCCAAGAUCGAAGCAGAGGCUAAUCAAAGUCGACUUCUCAUUGCUCCAGGAUGAUACUUAUUUCGACAAUUCACCAGCAUCUGGAUCAUCGUCUAUCAUUCAUCAGCAAACCUCAUCGAUUUGCUCACAGCCAAAAAUGCCUCCAUAUCCAAUUGGAGGUUAUAUGCCUGCCACUGUUCCACCAGCACCCACCAACAUGAGUACCAAAGUUGUGAGACGAACAAAGGAAACAAUUACAGAAGACGAAUAUCACAGAUUCUUCGACAACGCUCUGGAAUCAUAUGAUCUUGCUACGCAAUGCGAAUCGAGGCGUGCGUCGAUGCGACGGCACACUAUUGUCGGCUGCCAGAGUAAUUUGGACGAAACACAUUCAAUGCCUGCAUCUCGUCCAGAUUCCCGACAGUCUGAUGUGCAUUCAAUUAACGAUGGAAGCAACAGCGGCAGCGGUAGUAGCAAUAUUAAACAGCAGCAGCCACAACAUCAUCAGGUAAAGUCGAUUAUCAAGAAAGAACGGCCACAACCGCCUUCUUCUUCUUCUUGUAACUCUUCGUAUACGAAAUUGUCUGAACACAAGUCUUCAUCAAACGAUACUCCUCCUAAAUUUCAACAGCACAACAAUAAUCUAGAUCAGAGCCCCGGUGGCGUAGGCAGUGCGGUUGGCCUCGGCGGCGGUGGUGGUAGUAGCAGUAGUUGUUGUAGUCGGUCAUCGUCGAUUGGUGCUUGGACCAAAUCGUUUCUGGACGAGAAGCAUUGGCGCGAACGAGGUGAUGACCGACUAUCGCUUACUCUCGAAGAGAUUGUACACAUUCGCUCUGUGAUGACAAAGGCCGAAUUGGAGGGUCUCCCGGUGGGUGUGCGUGUCAAGGAGGAUGUUGAACGACGGAAAGUGUGCUUUUUGUGCCUGCGAACGCGUUUCAGUAUUUUCGGACCAUGGGGUAUCCAGUGCAAGCUUUGCCAAAGAACUGUCUGCUCAAAGUGCUACACUAAGAUGCGAAUACCAACUGAACACUUUCGCAACGUUCCAGUGGUGCUUAUUUCGCCUUCAUUGCUAUCAAGCCCGGCUGGUUCGAGCACACCUUCCCCCUCUCAUCAUGCGCACAUAAAUACCGCUCAUACGUCUACAAGUAUCCUGGAUGAAUCAUUUCCAAAAUCCCUGAUUGAGAGAUUGCUCCGCUCUGAGUCAGAGCGAAAGACUCGCAACUCGGUUGGUAGUGCUCCAUCAUCUCCAAAGCAUUUAAGAUCAAACAUAAGCACACCAGGUUCGGUUGCUGGUCCUCACGAAAUGACCAAGUCAAUGAUGACAACAGCUGGUGCUGAUUCAUCGUCAAAUGGUGCCGCCGAUGGAUAUAACAAGGAGAAUCAACAAAAUGGCAGUGCCACAAAUAAGAACAUAAGCAUCAUGUCACGCAGCGUUGAAGGACCACGCAGCUUGCCAGUUUCAAGCCCAGCAAGACCUCAUUCGAAUAGCAGUACCUUGGAUAGAAAAACCAAAUUUGCGCGCGCAUUCACACUCUCCUCAUCGGGACACCUGAGCUCCGAUCAAAAGGAGAACCUUCGGGGAGAACUUAUGGCAGUGUGCAAUGACUGCGAAGGUCUGUUGCUUGAAAUAAUAAGAUCCUCCAAACAGACGAGGUCUUCAGCAAGGAAUCGUGCUCUUAAAAAUCUCACACUUGAUCUAUCGCCAGUCUACAAACGAUGAAUCAUCACUCACAAUUAAUUCCUCUUCCAAAUCUUUAAAAUGUAAAUUAUUUCAAAAACCAACAACAAAAACAACAACAACUUAGCUGUUUGUUUAUUAAGAGAAUUCCCAAUGAUAUAAGAGAGAUCAUCCAGUUGAAUAUAUUAUAUUAAUCAAUUCCCCACCCAUAAGUUGUGUAAAUAUUUAGGCUAUUCUUAAAAAGAACCGUAUACCGUUUUGAACUCCAAUCCGUUUUAGUGUUGAGUAACGAGUAUUUUUCUUAUAUUAACACAUGUAUUUUUUUAUGGUAUAGUUUUGAAAAUUUCAGAUCAUUUUUGUUGUUUAAUUAUUUUAUAUGUAAGAGAGUAAGGGAAGAGUUUCAAAUUUCUCGAGUGCGAUAAACUUUUCUCUUCCUUUUUUUAAGUGUUUUCAAAGAAAAUUCUUUUUGUUUAAGCGUUUAUAUAUUUUUUUUUUUUUUUGAAGAAACAUUUUACGUUCAUUUAAAUUUUUCAUACAAAUUAUUAUUAUUUUUUAGCAUCAUAUACAUAUUAUAAAUUCAAACAAAGAAAGACUCAUAAAAUAUCAACACACUUAACAACAAAGAUUGAAAACUUUAAGAACAAAACAAAAUCAAAAUUCAAGAGAAAGUUUUUUUUUACAAAGAGAAAACUUCGUUUUUUUAAGAGAACGUUUCUGUAAAGUAAAUAUUUCAAAAAAAAAACAACAAUUAGAAAACGUUCAGAAUGAAAAGAAAUAUGAUAUUAGUUUGUUUAUGUUUAUUUAGAUGACAUUACAUAAAUUUUCUGUUAAGUGUAAAAUUUAUAAACAAACAACAAUUUAAAAACUAAAACUGAUGUAUACAUUUCGUAGUGAUAAACAAAAAACAACAAGUAUGUUAAGUGCUUAAUUAACUACAGAGUAAUAUUAAAUUGAUUUAUAUAACAAAUACAAAAUUACUAAAACUAUAAAAACAAAUCAAUACAAAAAUGUAUAUAAAAUGUAGCACAUAUUUAAAACAAAAAACUAAUCCAAAUUAUGAUUAAUUUUUGUAUAGAUUAUUAUUAUUAUUAUUA